AUGGCUGAACAAGUUUGGUCAGAAAAUUGCAUCAGUGUUCGUAGCCUUCUAUAUGAUUCUCCAUCCACAGAUGGAAAGUUGUACAGAUUUAUCACAGCACUUAUGGAACAAUCUGGACAGUUGAUUGCACUGGCAUGUGAGUAUCUUUACAUCCACAGAUGUGAGUUACUUGCGCAGGAAGCUUGUACGAUUAACUGUCUAGGAUUUUGGAACAUGUUUAAACUUAAACCCAAAGUGAAUCACAACUCCAUCGAAACCUUGACUGGUUCAAAUUAUAGCAAAUGGAAACAAGAUCUGGAAAUAUCUCUAGGUUUUCUGGAUUACGAUUUUGUGCUCAGAGAGGAACCUCCCCAGGAACCAGCUGCAGAUGCUUCUGCAGAAACUAAGACUAAGUUUGCCAAAUGGGAAAAGGCAAACAAGAUGGCUAUGUUAAUCAUGCAAAGGGCUAUGUCUUCAUCAGUGAAAGGAAGCAUUCCUAAAUCUAAGAAUACUAUGAGUCAAUUGCACAAAGGUUCAAGGAAUCUGAAAAAGCUGUCAAGAGUUCCCUGCUGA